GCUGUGUGGGGCUUGCAUUCUGCGCCCACACAGAAAUUUGCAACUGUAUCUCAAAAUUCAACAAUCGCCCACACCGUGAUCGAGUCGACGGAAACCAUCACCUCAGCGACGACAACACCGCAGCAAUGGCGCCCUCACGAGUCACCUACCGCCGCCGCAACCCCUACAACACCACGUCUAACCUGACGCGGGUUGUUAAGACUCCCGGCGGCGAGCUCCGGCUCCUUCACAUCAAGAAGCGCGGCACUGCCCCGAAGUGCGGCGACUGCGGCAUCAAGCUCCCUGGUGUCCCCGCUCUCCGGCCCCGGGAGUACGCCCAGAUUUCCAAGCCUAAGAAGACCGUCCAGCGUCCGUACGGUGGUUCAAGAUGCGGAAACUGCGUGCGGGACCGCAUCGUCCGGGCCUUCCUCAUUGAGGAGCAGAAGAUCGUCAAGAAGGUGUUGAAGGAGCAGAGCCAGGCCGAGAAGAAGAAAUAA